UUAUGGUUUCCGACUACAAAAAUCGGGCUCAACAAUACCUGGAUCUGAAACUGAAUCCGACCCGUCAACUUGCUUUUGGUCUGCUUCACCUGAUUGCCGUAGUUAGGGUUUCUCCCUCUUCUUCUUCUUCCUCUUCCUGGUAGAUAGAUCGACGCUUGGUCACGAGAAGCAGAAGAUGGGAGGAAAGUGUCCUCACAGGAAGGUGAAGACGCGGAGAUUUUCUCACAAAUCCGCUCGUCGUUCGAAGUUCCUCCUGAAAGGCGACGAUGCGGUGUAUGAAGAGCUCCAGAAGGUGAGUGAAAAGGGUAUGGAGGCGCCUCGUCCACAGGACGAGGACCUUCCCGGAAUGGGCCAAUUCUACUGUUUGCAUUGCGACCGGUAUUUUGCUAAUUCAAGUGUGAGGGACGAGCACUUUCGAACCAAACGUCACAAGAAACGGUUGAAGCAAAUGGCGGGCCCUGCACCACAUACCCAACUGGAUGCAGAGUUAGCCGCUGGUAUGGGCAUGCCUGACAAUGGUCCAAAGCUCAUGUCCAUGUGAUUGAAUUGAGUUUUGCUAUGAAAAGUGUGAAUUAAUGUAGUCAAUUUUGGAUUGGCAUUUCUAGAAUUUGUUGGACAAUUGAUAGCUAAUAUAAAUAGGAAACGUGAAAUGGGCUUUUGGUAUUUA